UACAGCACGUCAGAUAUAGAACCAAGCUUCAAAACCAGAUGUAGAAACGACACGUCGUUACUAUCGUCCGAACUCCAAAUCAUCAAAAUAACGUCAGAUCUGAAAUUUCUGUCGCUUUAUCCUGCUCUUGUUCUCAAGUCCUUGCUUAGCGGAUUUACAGGGGUUUAUGCAUAUUGAAUUAGCUAAUUGUUGGUAUAAUCUUCGCUCUCUAAAACGAUAAGGGCACGAGACCUUAGGUCAUUAGCAGUGCUAUGCUUUGGCGAUGGUUAGAAAGAUUAGUUUUGGCAUGAGAUCGUACAGCGGAUGGCUCCUUUGUUUCUCUCUGCUACUCAUCAUUUUCCAUAUCGUCUCUGUUGUCGAAUUUCAGCCCAACUCAGUUAUAGAAGGCGGCACAAAAAAACAAAAUAAAAAGUCCGAUCAUCUGCUUCUUGGUCCUGCUGCUGGGCAAGGGUUGCCUAAUCGGUUGCAAUGCCAAGGCUCUAAAGCUCUCAAUAAGACCCAUUUGCUAACCUCUUCCAGUGCCUCUAAUGGCGGCGAUAGCAUUUCCUUAGUCACUGUCUUUACCAUUUACAAUACUUUAUUGGAUUCACAUGUUGACAGUAAAUCAUCAAAGCUGGUUACUGUUGGGAAUGUUUCAUACACUAAGACAGAGAGGUCAAUGGCCAUUUUGAAUGUCUUCAUUAACUUUAUUCAGGUGACCAUGCCUCGGAGCAAUGUUAUAAUUCUUACUGAUCCAGCAUCUGAUCUCUCGCUGCAAAGAAAUAAGGUCACUUUGUAUCCCAUUCAGGGUGAAUAUUCUAGAGACAAGUUGAUGCUUCAAAGGAUCAGAUCUUACAUUGCUUUUCUAAACGCAAGGCUGAAGGAUCUUGCUCGGGACCCAACACAUACAAUUCAUUAUAUCUUCACUGACUCAGAUAUAGCUGUGGUUGAUAACUUAGAACACAUUUUCCUAAAGUUCCCCACAUUUAAUUUGGCCCUCACCUUCCGGAACAACAAGGGGCAACCUUUAAAUUCUGGAUUUAUAGCAGUAAGAGGAACCGCUGAGUCGAUUUUAAGGGCAAAAAUCUUCCUUCAAGAAGUGCUUGAAGUUUACACUUCAAAGUACAUGAAUGCUUCUCGAAUGCUUGGGGAUCAGUUAGCUCUUGCCUGGGUCGUAAAAUCUGACCCUAAUUUUGAUUUGCGGAGAUUUAGCAAAGCACAGGCCUUUGUAGAAGAAAUUUAUGGUGCAUCAGUGCUAUUUUUACCAUGUGCUACAUAUAAUUGGACUCCACCCGAGGGGGCUGGCCAAUUUCGAGGAAUGCCCUUGGAUGUCAAGGUGGUGCAUUUUAAAGGAUCAAGGAAACGUCUUAUGCUUGAGUCUUGGAACUUCUUCAGUUCUUCUGCCGACAUUUCUAAUAUGUUGUGCCUUAUUUUAAUGAGUGGGAGAACUAAGUACGAUUUUUGAGAUAAUGUUCGAGUCAUGCGUGUUGUGUACCUGCUCUGAUUUCCCUGAAAGGAACUCAAAGGAGUUUUACUUUUCUGCCUUGUCGGUUGCCAGUUACAUGAAUUUGCAUGUCACUUUUCUUGUUGACAAUCUCGUAAAGUAAGCACAAUUCUGAACAAGAAAUUCAA